AUGCCCGUUGGGACCGGUGAGCUCGCCUCGCUGCGGAAGGAGGAACUCGUUCGGCGAGUGCUCGAGAUGCAGCAGGAGAACGCGUCUCUGCGUGAAGAGAUGGAACAGCUGCGCCUGCGCGUGCGCAGCACUAGACACGUGGAUGUGAAUGAUCCUGUUCCACUGCAGCGGCAGUUCAAUGAGAUGUGCACGCAUGCAGUGGCAGGAAAUGCUUCUACGGCGGCGAAGAACAGCAGCUAUAGCAUAUCCUUUUCAGUCAUGGUUAUUGAAAACGGCACGGCCAUCUCCGUGCCGCUUUCCUCAGUAAUAGAUAAGAGCUACAUGCGACCUGACCUUCGUGAGGCCGACACGCCUGUCGUUGGCUCAUCGUGGAUGCGUGACGACUCGGAGUCGUUUGCGCGGCAGUCUACGGAGAGCAUUGCCGCUGAGCGCUCGUCGAGCAUGAGCACCGAGGAGCCCAUCGGCAGGGGCAGUGAACUGCGGGGCUUUGCUGUGUCUGGUGGCACUCCCGUGGCGUCUGCCGCUGCUGCCGCAGCAGCUGUAUCGGCGUCUGGUGGUAGGCCAUCCAUCUCGCUCGAAUUCACGGUGGGCGACGACGCGAAUGAGCCCGCACCACAGGAUCCUGGUUCGAGCCGGAUGUCACUCUCCUUACAGCUACAGCAGUUGCAACAGCAACACCGUCGAAGCAUUCGCCAUGAGCUUCGCCGGCUGAGUCUAGGGCGUGUGCUAAACAAGCGCGCAAACUCGCUGGAUCCUGAUGCAUUGGUGUCGCAUCAGACGCUGCGCACUUUUCACCAGCAGUUUCUUGACGGCUAUAGCGUCAUGUCCCCCCUCUCGUCGUACGGCAACGCCAUCUACCACUAUAUUGUGAAGAACUUUGCGGUGCGUAAUGGCUGCCGGCACAACCCCUCCGACCUUGAGGGCUUCGGCCGCACGUUGUGCAGCCUUUGCGGGGAGGUGAAGCGCAUUCUUCAGAGCGAGCCGCGGCACGGCAGUGUUGUCUCGCCGUGCUACGUCUUUGGCGACCUCCACGGCAACUUCUGGGACCUGUUUUACUUCCUCGACAACCUCAUCUCAUUCCAGGACCUGCGCUAUACCCCGCACCGCUUUCUCUUCCUCGGCGACUACGUGGACCGCGGCGAGUUCAGCGUGGAGGUGGUGGCGUACCUCUUCGCCAUGAAGGUGCUGGCGCCGGAGAAGGUGCUGCUGCUGCGCGGCAACCACGAGGACACCCUCGUCAGCGGCGACAUCUCCGGCUACGGCAACACGAGCUUCCGCGCGCAGUGCCGCAGUCUCUUUGGCUACACCCUUGGCGAGGAGUUGUGGCAGCGCGCGAGCGAAACGUUCGCGUAUCUGCCGCUGACGGCGAACAUCGACGGCCGGAUCUUCUGCACGCACGGCGGCAUCCCACGCUACCGCGGUGGUGUCGACGACCGGCUGCUGCUGCUGAGCCGCGACGAUUUCCCCGCGCUGGAGUCGCUCUUCCAGGUGCCAGAGGGCGAGACGGCGCAGCAGCGCGCCUGCCGGCAGAUGGCGAUGGACACGUGCUGGGCCGACCCCGCCGAGGACGAGAGCGCGCUCGACAAGUGGGGCUUCGGCGCCAACCCGCGCGGCUCCGGCGUCAUUCUCUUCGGCUCCACCGCCGUCGACGACUUCCUCGCGCACUACGGCUUCGAGUACAUCUUCCGCGCCCACCAGGAGAAGUCGGACGGGCUGAAACUCAGCAAGAGCGCGCGGGUCUUCACGAUAUUCAGCACGAGCGCCUACGUUGGGCACGAGAACGGCGCCGGUGUCGUGCUCGUCGCGGAUGGAAAGAUACGGUUGAUUAUUAAGAACGCCGACGACGCCAGUAACCAGGCGACUGCUGAGGUGAGAGAGGAGGAGGACGACGACGAGGAGGAGGAGGAAGGGGGUGGUGUUGUGGACGGUGGGGAAGAGCGCUAG